AUGGCAGCAAAUAAGUUAUCAUUUAAUGGCUUUUUCAAGGACGGCACCCGCUAUUUCUCCGGUGUAGAUGAAGUUCUCCUUCAGAACAUCGACGCAGUUGUUGAUUUAAGCGAACUCACACGCACGUCGAUUGGUCCGAACGGUAUGAAGAAAAUUAUCAAAAACCACUUUGGCAAACUCUAUGUUACUGGUGAUGCAGCCACCAUCUUGAACGAGGCUGAAAUCCAGCAUCCCGCCGCCAAGAUGCUUGUCACCGCAUCACAGAUGCAAGCUGAGCAAGUUGGCGAUGGCACAAACUUUGUUUUAGUUUUCGGUGGUGAGCUUCUUCGCCGUGCUACUGAGCUUGUUCGUGCCGGUAUCAACACAAAAGAUAUUGUUGCAGGCUACCAGAAAGCACUUGCCGAAGCACUUCGCAUUCUUCCAACACUUGAUCUUGGCAAUAAAUUCAACGUUGACGACAAAGCAUCCGUUGCUGCUUGCUUAAAGACACCACUCUCCUCACACCAGUACUUAGACGCUGACUUCCUUUCAAACAUUGCUGCGGAAGCAUGUUUGAUGGCAUAUCCAAACCACAAUCUUCGCUUCAACGUCGACAACGUCCGCUACGCUAAAGCACUUGGUGGUUCUAUCCAAGACUCGUUUGUUGUCAAAGGCUUUGCUAUUCCACGUGAAGUUGUUGGCACCAUCCGCCGCAAAGACGACGUCAAGAUUGCUCUUUACACAUGCUCUUUCGACUUUGCCGAGACGGACACAAAGAUGAACACCGUUUUCACAUCCGGCAAGCAGAUGGAACAGUUUGCUCUUUCCGAGGAGAACCGCAUGGAACAGAUGGUUCUUUCUAUCAAGGAGAAAGGCGUCAAUGUUGUUGUUUGCCAGUCUAAGUUCACCGAGCUUGGUAUCCACUACCUUGAGAAGCACGGCAUCAUGGCUGUUCAGUUACCAUCUAACUGGGACAUCAAGCGUCUUGCUCGCGCAGUGAAAGCAGUUCCACUUCUCCGCAUUGGUGCACCAACCGAAGACGAGAUUGGCCACUGCAAGUCGGUCGAAGCUCGCGAGAUUGGUUCCACACCAAUUGUCAUCUUCGAAGCCGAUGGCGAGAUCUCUACUGUCAUCAUCCGCGGUGCUACACCAAAUCUUAUUGACGACAUCGAGCGUUCCCUCGAUGAUGCAGUCAACUCAUUCAGAAUCCUCACAGAGCAUCCACUUCUUGUUCCAGGUGCCGGUGCAUCAGAGAUGGAGCUUUCCACACAGAUUUCUAAGUUUGCCGAAUCACGUCCUGGCAUGGACCAGUACGGCAUCCGCAAGUUUGCCGAAGCUCUUGAAGUUAUUCCACGCACCAUUGCAGAGAACAGUGGCAUCCGCAUUUCAGAAUUCAUGGCCAAGAUCCGUGCCUCACACAACAAGGGCGAAUCUUCAUCAGGUGUUGAUGUUAUCAAUAUGGACAUUGGCAAUUCUAUUGAACUUGGUGCCUGGGAUAUUGCCCAUGUCAAAGAGUGGGGCAUGAAGUUUGCAUGCGAAGUUGCCUGUACACUUCUUCGUGUUGACCAGAUCUGCAUGGCUAAGAAAGCUAGUGGACCAGCUCCUCGCUCUAUGGGAGCGCGCGAUGAGGAUUAA